AUGGAUUUCACUUGGCUUUUCUGGGCCUUUAACAGUUAUUUGGCGUACAGGUUUUGUCGUACCGCCUUGGCGCUCGUCGAAGCCGUUUUCGUUUACUGGCUUGCGCCGUUUUUGUGGGCACCCGAUUUGCGCAAAUUCGAGCACCGAUGGACAGUGGUCAGUGGUGGAACUGACGGCAUCGGGCGGGCCUACGUGCACGAGUUGGCCAGACGGGGCCUCCGAAAAUUUGUGCUCAUCGGGCGAAGUCGGGAGAAAUUACAGGAUGUGCAGGAUUUUUUGGAGCUCACUUUCAAGUGUCGCGUUCGGACGAUUCUUUUCGAUUUCGAGACCGGCGACUAUGAGAAAUUACGGGAGCAAAUUGACGGGAUCGAUAUCGGAUUUGUUGUGAACAGUGUUGGCGUCGGUAGGGAGAAUCUUGAGCGCUAUGGGGACAACCCGUCGGCGGAUCGACAAAUCCUUCGCGUGAAUGCAAUCGGAAGUGCUGAGUUUCUCUCACUCGUCCUCCCCACAAUGGAACGUCACGGUGGCGGGCAAAUCGUCGUCCUUUCAUCAAGUCAAGGCUACCGGCCAAUCCCUCUACUAGCAGCUUAUUGUGCGUCAAAGGCAGUGAUGUCGUUUCUCUCCGAGUGCAUCGAUCGCGAGUACAAAACGAUUCGCGUUCAAUAUUUGACGCCCGCGCUGGUGGCCACGAAAAUGGUUUACUAUACGCAAGGCGGUCUCUUUGUCGUCACUCCGGAAAAAUUCGCUCGUGAAGCCGUUGGGACGAUCGGUCUCUCGAAGGUGACGAGUGGAUGUUUCAAUCAUGAGAUACAGAUGCUGCUUCGUCACCUCAUUCCGUGGUCUCUUCUCAAGUAUCUCAUCAUGCCGAUCUACUAUUUUCAUCAAUACAGAAUGACAAAGUACCACGCACGAGCUCAGGAUAAAACGCUCACUCAACCGCAACGAAGUCCCAUUUUGAAAGCUCCAGCACCGAUCUUCACCCAAAGAGGAGCCGCU